AUGCGAAAUAAUAUUUUUAUGAGCGAUUUUUAAUAAUAGCACUUUUUCCCAAAAUAAAUUCAAAUUUUUGCAGGGAUUUCAUUUUAUUCGUAUUUGGCAGCAGUGAGCGGUUGGUGUCAAUGUUAGGUCAUUGAUCUUUAUUUUUGGGUUAGGUAUUUGACGAGAAAAAUGUCAGAACUAAUCUUUACAAAAAUAGCAUCGGUUAAAAUGAAAUUUAACUCAUGGAUGAGGAUUUAAGGCGAUACUUGAAUUAUAAUAUGUAUUAUAUAAGCGAAUUUUGUCGAGUAUGCCUAAAAAACGAAAAUCCUCUCGUAGAUAUCACCAAGAACGACACAGAAUCAGACCCCCUGAUAAAUAAACUCAAGCUAUGUGUGUCCGAAGUGGAAUGGCCAACAAACAGCAGUAUUCUAAUGUGCCCGGUUUGUGUACAAAACUUAAACUUAGCGUACGAAUUCAAAACCCAGUGUUUACAAGCGACGAAGUUGUUCGAAAACUACAUAGAGGAGCUGAAACAGUCUGAAAAGGAAUCUGACGGGUUUGAAGUAAACGAGGAACACGUCGAAGAUUACAUAUCACGCCAAAAAGAAUUGGAACAGUUUCAACAGCAACUUUUUUUAAAUGUUAAGUCGUACCAACAGUUUUACCCUCAGAUAGCGAAUGUAGCACAAGCAAAUCCAUUCCAGAAUGUUUAUUUAAAUAUAGUUCCUCCUCCCGCUGCGAAGCCCUUCACGAAGAAUGCUAAACUGCCACCCAACGAUUUAAAUCAGAAUAUGUUUGUAAAUAUCAACAAUACGCUUCAUAAGAUUCUUCCCAUUGUAUCGCCAACAAAUGAUGUGAAACUGUCAAUUCCGCAAUUACCGCUAAGAACACAGGAGGACGUCAACAUAUCUAAUCUGUUAACGAACAGUAAAACCGAAGAGUUGAGUGUGGAAAUUGAUCCGACGUGUUUCGACUGUGAAGACGACUGUAAAACUCCAAAGGAGUGUGAUGAGGUAAACGCCGAUUCUGAACUGAAAGCGAUACCUUCGCUAGCGAAACUGACUGAUACCAUUGAGACAUUUGCACCUCUCCCCGACACGAAACUGGACAGCUCCGUAAAGGUCGAGAAGACCUUUGUACCACCUGUAAUUCCAACAAAUACGUUUGUACCCAUCCGCCCGAAGAAGAACUACAUGCUACCGGAUCUCGACUUUUUAAAUCUCGACCACUUCAUGGCGGACAAAACCCAAGUGAAAUCGGUUAUCUGUGAACUUUGCGGACAAAUGUGCGACACGAUUAAAUCCUUAUACGCUCACAUACGACAAAUACACUCGGGCGAAUUUCCGUACAGAUGCAAACACUGCUCGACCGUCUACGCGUUGCAGAACCAAUACGAAACGCAUAUGAAACGACACGCGUCGCACAAAAGCAACGCCUUCUCGAAGGAUAUGAUUACGCUCGAGGAUCUCUCGGUGCAUAACGAGGCGAUUUUAUUCCCUGCGUCGGUCGAGGCGUCGCCGAACAACCACGAGGCGAGCGACGACGAAGGGGAACCGAACUUAAAUCUCGAAUUCAAGUGCGAUAUCUGCCCGAGAAGCUUUCACAAUUCGCACGGUCUCUCGAGGCACAAGUUUAAACGACAUCAGCCGCAGCGAAGGAAGUACUUCGUUAAGGGGAUGAAGAACGCCAAAUGUGAUAUUUGCAAUCGAGAAUUCUCCACGCAAUCCUAUCUACAGUUACAUAUCAAGUUGCAUUUUCGAAAAAACGACUACAGACUAAAGGUGUUUAAUAAAGACAAGUACAUUACGGAGAAGCAGGAGGACGGAGGGGAGAAAAACCAGGAGCAAUCCGAGACGCAGCCGGACGAGGACGAGUCAACGGAAACCAACCCAAAUUGUGAUAAGUCGGGCGAGUCGAAUGAAAUCGUGGAGGAAGUCGUGGACGAGGCGAAGUCGUCCCAAGGACAGGGAUUGAAAAUCAAAAUUAAUUUAAGAAAUUUGAAAAAUUCGCACGAGAUUGUGGAAAAAAUAGGGGAGGCCGAAGAGGUUUCAGAGCCGGUAGUUAGUGAAACGUCGAUGGAAGUGGACGAAGACGUUGCCGACUUGAAGUUAGGCGGAAGCAAGUCCGACGCGGAUUCGAGCAAAAGCGAUAUUUUAACCGACGUAAAUAUGGAGUGUGAACCGGAAGUUCAGGGGUCAGGUGAUGAUAGCGUGAAAGGUGAGGCUUUGCCUCAGAUUCCGCCGCCGCCUAUAAAACCGGAACUGGUGAACGGAAAGCAGCAGUGCGUCUUUUGUCUCAAGCUAUACAGAAGAAAGCACGACCUGAAGAGACACCUGAACAACAUCCACUUAAAGGCAAUCCAGUACGUUUGCCACCUCUGCCAGACGCCCUUUUACGAAGCGUUCCAACUAACGCGACACUUGCGACAGCACAACGGCUUCGUACGAUGCGGCACCUGCCUAAAGGAGUACAGUAUUAUCCGCGACCUGAAACUUCACAUAACCGCGGCGCACGACAACAACGCGUUCUCCCAGUGCGGCAGUUGCGGCCUGUCGUUUCAAAGAAUUCGAUAUUUGCGCGAGCACAUGCACGAGCACGACAAGACCAUUACAUACAGGUGCCAUCUGUGUCCCGAGGAGUUUAAGGAAUCGCGCGAUCUCUCGAGGCAUCUAGUCGAGCACAGCGGCAUGUACGCGUGUAACAUUUGCCAUACGACGUUUUCCGCGGAGCAGGAGUUAAAUAAUCACAGCAAAUGCCAUUCGGAGGAUCCGGCAAACGAACGAAAGUACACGUGCGAGCUUUGCCCUAGCAAAUUUAAAAAGAAACGAUAUUUAAUGGCACACAUUAGAAAGACGCAUUCGAGCAAAAACGCAGAAGUGUUAAAUGCAAUGGUAGAAGUAGAUUCUAAGUCCGCUUAGUAGGUUAUGAAGUCAGUACAUACAAAUUUGCAAUUGUCGACUUUCGAUUGUUUACAAGCUAAGUAGAUCAAAUUGGCUGUGACUAAUUGAAAGAGACUAUGGGAAACAGUAUUCUUAUUUAUGAUCGAUUUAUGUAAUUAAUCACAGAGGUGAUCAAUGUUUUUUUCCUUAAGCAGGUCUUGGAAAAUUUUGUUUAUUUGAACUUAUAGCUAUUGUUUAAUUCAGUAUUACAUCAUAAGGGUCAAAUUGCACCACUGAAUCCAUGACAUUACAUUAUCUUUACAUCACAUCAAGCACAUCAUGAAAUACUUGUACGGACUGACUAAUUUAGAGCUUUAAAUAACGAAGGUGAUUUUAUUUUAAUUGUCACCGUAGAAUUUGUACGUACUGACAAACGAGAUGUACAUAGAAUAGCAAAGAUAUUUAUUAAUUUGUUCUUAUACCUGCAAAUGUAGUGUGUUCAAAAUCUUUGUAACGUACCUCAGGGCAAAACAGAUAUAUUACUGUAUAUACCUCAAAAAAUGCUACAAAAAAUUUUCAUGACACUUUCUUUGAACACACUUGCUUUUUUACACAGAUCUUCUUUUGUACUUUUUUUAUACCCAUAUUUUUAUUUAUACAAACAUUUAGAAUAAGACAUGCAGAUAUUUUACAGAAGAGCUUUCGUUUUGUAUUAAUAUUGUGUAAAUAAUACACAUGUUAGAUCGUAACCUCAAAAGUAUUAUGUUAUCGUUCUUUCCUACACUCUCUAGCAUCACAAAUCUUUAUCUCUAGACCGCUAUUAUAUACAUCGCCGUAAUUUAAAUUACGAGAGCUAACCGUUUGUGAUUAAAGGAGUAUAAAUUUUAUAGUGUAAAGUAUUUUGUAUAAUAUAUAUUAUUUUCGACUGUUCCUUGCAAGAAAGCAAUCGUAAAUUAAAGAUGAAUUUAUAUAUUCUAUUUAAAGAUGUCGCAAUAAUUAUUUAUGUAUUAUUUAAUUUUAUUUACUUACCACCCACUGGGGCAUGUUGCGCGCAAGUCUCAGCUUUGUGGAGGGGUUCGAUAUCGCCAUUGGGCGCCACUUGUUAUCGCCCUUAUUCUGUAAUUCAAGAUGUUAGAAUUUCAUUUAUAUACACUGUCUUUGAUAUUUAGUAUAUUAAAUAUUUUUACAAA